CACACUUUUUCGUCCUAACACAAACAGGAAAGAAUAAUUGGAGGGGAGGGGAGGGGAAAAGAGUUUAGUGAACAGGGCCAAUAAUAGAACUAUAAUUUUGAAAAGUUAGUGAAAGAAAUUUGUAGAACAAUCACUUGUUUCUCUCCUUUCUGUGAUGGUGCUGCAAUAUCCCUUGGCUCUCACCACUUUCAUUCUUUUCCUCUCUUUGGUUUGGCUGUUAAAGGUAUGUAAAAGAUCCAAAGUUCAGAAAUUGGCCCCAGGGCCAUGGAAGUUACCUCUUAUAGGAAACUUGCACAACUUGGUAGGAUCACUACCACACCAUGCUCUCAGCAAACUAGCCAGGAAACAUGGACCCCUCAUGCACCUUCAACUGGGUGAAGUUUCUACACUUGUGGUAUCAUCCCCCAGGAUGGCCAAUGAGUUCAUGAAGACACAUGACCUUGCCUUUGCGCAAAGGCCACUAUAUCUUGCCCCUAAAAUUAUGACCUACGGUGGCUCAGACAUUGCCUUUUCUCCAUAUUCUGAUUACUGGAGGCAAAUUCGAAAAGUCUGCGUGUUGGAACUCCUAAGUACCAAGAGGGUCCAGUCCUUCUCUUCUCUUAGAGAAGAAGAGGUUCAUAAUCUCAUUGAGUCCAUCCGCUCAUCUUCAGGAUCUCCAAUCAAUUUUAGUGAUCAUAUUUCCACUUGGACGACUACUAUUAUAUGUAGAGCAGCAUUCGGUGGCAAAUUCAAAGACCAAGAUGAAAUUCUAUCAUUGGUCCAGGAAACAAUAUCCUUGGCAGGAGGCUUUGAGUUGGCUGAUUUGUUCCCUUCACAUAAAGUUGUUCAUAGGUUUAGUGGGACGAAAGCUAAGCUAGAGAAGAUUCAUAUGAAGGUGGACAAGAUCCUGGAGAACAUCAUCCAUGAGCACAGGGAGAACCAGAUGAUGAGUGCAUCAACAGAACAGGAAGAUCUUGUUGACGUCCUUUUAGGCCUUCAGAAAAGUGGUACACUUGAGUUCCCAAUCACAACCAACAACAUCAAGGGCGUCAUUUUGGACAUAUUCUCUGGUGGAAGUGAUACUUCAUCAACCACAAUAGAGUGGGCUAUGUCAGAAAUGAUGAGAAAUCCUAGAGUUUUGGAGAAAGCACAAGCUGAGAUAAGACAAGCCUUCAAAGGAAAGAAAAAAUUUCAUGAAAAAGACCUUCAGAAUCUUAGUUACUUAAAGUUAGUGAUCAAAGAAACUCUAAGGUUACACCCUCCUCUUCCUAUUUUACUUCCAAGAGAAUGCAGAGAGCAAUGCACAAUUGAUGGAUAUGAAAUACCCAUCAAAACCCAAGUCAUCAUAAAUGCAUGGGCCAUUGGAAGAGAUCCAGCAUUUUGGCAUGAUGCAGAGAGUUUUAUACCAGAGAGGUUUGCUAGUAGUUCAAUUGAUUAUAAAGGGACUAACUUUGAAUAUAUCCCUUUUGGGGCAGGAAGGAGGAUGUGCCCAGGAGUUUUAUUUGGUGUGGCCAAUGUGGAGCUUCCUCUUGCUCAAGUACUGUAUCAAUUUGAUUGGAAACUCUCGGGUAGGAUGAAACCAGAGGAUCUGGAUAUGAUUGAAGUCUUUGGUGCAGUUGUCAAAAGGAAAAACAACUUGCAUUUGAUCCCUACUUCUUUUAGUCCUUCACAUACCCUUUGAGGCAUUAUCAUUACUAGGGCUGUAUUCGAGCCGAGUCGAAUCGAGUAUUGAAUGUUCAAGUUCGGCUCAUUUAAUUUUAUUUCGAACACGAGUCGAAUUCGAAUUUAUCAUCGAACGAAAUAUGCUGUUCAAGCUUGGCUCGUUUAAUUUUAUUUCGAAUACGAGUCGAGCUCGAUCUUAUCACGAGCUGCUCAAUUAACUUAUUCAUUUCUUAUAUAAAGUAAAUAUCAUGAUUGUUUAUAUUUUCAUAAAUCCAUAUUAAUCAUUAAUUAAUCAAGUCUUAUUAAAAUUUUAUCAUCUGAGUUCAUUAAAUAAAUUAACUUGAAUCUUAAAUAAUAUAAUCUCGAGUUUAUAUGUAUGUAUAUAAAUUUAUUAUGCACAUACACAAAUUACAUGUGUGCACACAAACACAUAUAACCACACAUACUCACAAACACACUUAUGUACACACAAAUCUAUAAAAUUAAACUCACAACAAUAAUUCAAGCUAUAUCUAUCAUAUUUGGAUGAUGAUUCAUUUUUACUUAAGAUGUUCUUAUUACAAAAUUAAAAUAAUACUAAAAAAAAAUUGUAAAAAUGAAGUUAUACGAGUUUAUACAAGCUUAUCCGAGUCUAUCCGAAUCGAGCCGAGUUUAUACGAGUAUGUCUCGUUUAAUAUUCGAAUAUAUUAUUGUGUUCACGAACGGCUCAUUUAUUAUUCAAGCCGAGACCGAAUCGAGUUUAACCGAACCGAAUCGAGCCGAGCUGACGAGUGGCCGAGCUCAUCUUACA